AUGCAUAUAGCGGGGAUAAACAUGCCCCAGCAACAGAACAACCCGGAUGGGCCUAUUGACGAGGACUCAACGGCUCCCAAUGAUUCCACAGUAAUUAACUGUCACAGGAAUCGCAGUUCAAGUCCUGAGGGGCCUCGUCCACCUCUACCACCGCGGCCAAACACCUUAAACCUACUGAACGACGAAGCGGCGUCUUUGUCAACUCUACAGGCUGGGGCUACUACUGCGGUUUCCUGCGAAGAAGUAGACGCACAGUCCUCAGAUGCUGGGGGAAGUGUCUAUUCAACAUUAGCGAUCCGUAGUGUUGGUCGCGAUCUGAAAUCUAGGGCAAGUCUGAGUCAGUUGGCCAGUCGUCGGGGGAGUGAAACAUGGGACUCAGCAAGCAUUCGAAGCGUACAGAACGGAGAUGUCGGAGACGUGGAAGCACUAUUCAAGGAUUUUGUUAUCAAAUCGUCCGAUGAUAACUCUGAUUCUGCAAGUUUGCUCCACUUCCCUGAAUUUCCAGCCGAUGAUAUAGACGAUGAAGAGUUCAUGCAUGAGUUUGAGCCGGUCGGAGAAGUUGAUACGGAAGCCAGCAAUGAAGAUAUCAUCCUUCAAAACUUCAAAGACAAGCGAAAGCACUAUCUGAUUCUUUCGGCUGCUGGAAAGCCAAUAUGGACACGGCAUGGUGACGGUGGCCUUAUAUCAGGCUACGUGGGAGUCAUUCUGACCAUCAUAUCCUUUUAUGAAGAAUCCGGUAGUCACCUGCGGAGCUUUUCAGCGGGGGACACCAAGUUUGUCAUUGUCACUCACGGUCCUUUACAUCUGGUUGCGAUUAGCCGCAUGAUGGAGAGUGAUACCCUGCUUCGACUUCAGCUGGAAGCUUUGUAUAUGCAAAUUCUAUCCACACUGACCCUUCCAUCCUUAAGUCAUCUCUUUUCUGUCCGACCAUCUACCGAUUUGAAGCGACCACUACAGGGAUCGGAGACUCUUCUUUCGUCCUUGGCCGACAGCUUUACACGUGGAUCACCAUCCACCUUACUUUCUGCCCUGGAAUGUCUCAAGAUUCGCAAGCUACACCGUCAGAAUAUCAAUAAUGCGCUUCUAAAAUCCAAAGCCAAAAGUCUUCUUUACGGAUUGGUGGUCGCAGGAGGUCGGCUUGUAAGUGUCGUGCGGCCGAAAAAACAUUCAUUACAUCCGGGCGACCUGCAACUCUUAUUUAACAUGAUCUUCGAAGCCGACGGUGUCAAGGCUGGAGGCGGCGAAAGCUGGAUUCCUGUAUGCCUUCCAGGGUUCAAUCACAGUGGCUACUUGUAUAUGUAUGUCAGUUUCCUCGACCUUCGAAGCGAGGUUAGCGACAAUGAGGAAAUUUCUAAAGAUAAAUCCGUCGCCAUCGUCUUGAUUAGUCCGGAUAAGGAGAGUUUCUUUGAGAUGCAAGAGAUGCGUGACUCCCUUGUCGAGCUACUGGAGAAAAACGGCAGUCUCAAAGUGAUCAGAGAUGCAGUCGACCAGGGCCGACCAGCUCCUACCGACAUCGUACCUGGGACGGUUUUGAGGCAUUUCUUAUACAAAUCACGCGGUAACGUGCAGUUUACAAUGUCAUCUGAUGCUCUUGAAUUCACGUCAAUAUCUCGACGACGAAGAUUGAUGUCAAUAUACAACAAUAUCCAUUCAAGCAUCCACUCCAGGAACACUAAUGCCAGAAUCCAUCAUUGCGUUUCACGAUCAGCGAGCUCAUUUGCCUGGGUCACGCCAGUCUUUGAGCUUUAUUGUGUCGCCGAACCAAACGCAAAUCGAAAUGCAAUACUACAAAGUGCUAACAAAAUUGCCCAGUGGGUGCAACAAGAGGAGGAAAGGCUGUUUAUCAUCGGUGGUGCGGUUUUCUAA